AUAUCUGUCAAUUUUGUUAAUAUUUGUUACUUUUUAUCCAACCAAACUUUUGAAAAUGCUUCCCCAAGAAGAAGUGCCGGCGGAGGUGACUCCUGUAAAGAAAAAAGGACGAAAAAAGGACAAAAAAGCUGAUAAAAAGCGAAAACGGAUAGAGCGAAAAAAGCAAAAACAAAGAGAUGAACUACUACGAGAACUAAAACUCAGCGACAUUACUCUUCGCAAACACGAAAAGGAAUGGCGACAGUUACUGAUAGAUAUAGAACUUCCCCAUAUAAGAGACGAAUUAGAAUUCGCCUGGCAUAACUUUGAACUGGUCAUUGAUAACAAAGAUUUUGCCAUAUCGUUGUUAAUGGACGAACUAAAACACGCCGAAGAACAGUAUACUAUGAACUGCAACAAUCAUAUCGAACAUAUUGAUAAGUUGUUAGAUAUGUAUAAAGAGCGAAUAGAGGAACUACAGAGAGAUUAUAAUAAGGAGAUAACCAAACUCGAGAUAGAAACUGAAACGGAUGUUAAUGAACUCUCCGAAAUAUUUACCGAAGACGAGAAUUAUUUGAAAACAAUAUUGUUUAUGUUGGAGAUGGCUAAAAAGGAACAAAAAGCCAAUAUUCGCGCUGAGUACUUCAGCAGACUGGAAGAAGAGGAAACCAAAAAUAGUCAAAUUAUUCAAAGACUGCGAGGAAUUUUGGAAACAGUUCAUUCUGGUAUUGAAGAAGAAACUGAUGACUUCUUAAGUAAAUAUUAUAUUCAAAUUCGGGAUCGUAAAAAAGAAUAUGAUAAACUAAGAGCUCAAGAUGAUGCGCUUCAAGAAUUACUGAGCUAUCAGCUAGAAAAGAUUAGAAAAAUGUAUGAUUAUAUUAAAAGAUUAAAACAGGACCUAAUAGACUGUGAAAAAAUAUUGGGUAGAAAACUGAAAGACUUGGAAACUGAAUAUCAGUACUUUCACAAUUCAUUUAAUGUAUUAAAACUGCAGCUUCAAAAAGAUCAACAGGUAGAUGCUAAUAAAAUGGAGGUUCUGACCAUUAGUCAUAAUGAAACAAUGUCAGCCCUACAAAAGAUAAAAGAAAAAGGAGAACACAUUCUACAUGUUGCAGCAGUUUGCAGAAAAUUGGAAACUCAAGAAGAAAAGAUCCGUCCUUUCCCUGCUAACUAUUUGAGACCGGAAAGAUCGAAUUUAAAUUCUGAGGAUGAAAAUAUUGAAAUACUAGAUCUCUUCUGGCAAAGAGUUGGUCAAGCUGAAGCUUCUAGGUACGCAAUUAUUGAAGAACGAACAUUCUUAAAAAAGGAAAACGAAAUUCUUCAGAAAAAACUUCAUGAGUUUUGUCAAUGUUUGCAAUGUCCUGCGGGACAAACCAUCGACAACGAACAACUUAAUUGGCCUCCUUAUAUUGGCCACAUAUCAAAAAAUGUGACCGAGGCUCAUCAAGAAAUGAAAAAAUAUCAACUACAAAAUUACCCGUUUGGGGGAAACUAAUUUUAUAAAUACAUACACUAAUUACAAAAAAUAUUGCAUAAUUUUUUAAACAAAGACAAAGUUUAAAAAUAAUUUUUCAUUUUUAGAAGAAUAUUAUAAUACUCCUCUAUGGUCUCCUUAAGGGUAAGAACAGAAAAAGUGGGUCGAGGUGUAGGUGUAGGUCGCGGUGGAUGCUACUAGUUAAGUCACGGUCGAUGUCAACAGCACAUAGCAAGAAGGUCACCUGCGCUGUCAGUCGAGCUAGAACCACUAUCAAGUGAAGUAGUUUAAUGAAAUUUUAAUGAAAAGAAGACUGUUUUUUGCUAUUUUGUGUCAGUCAAGUGAUGAUAGUGAUGAAAUGUCAGCUGUAAAUAAUCAGAUCCUCCAUCAUAUUUCAAAAAUUUACUGAAUUUAAUUACUUUGGAAAUUCAAAAAUAAACUGAAUACAAAAAAGGGAUUAUAUUAUAAAAAGUAUCAACUCAGAUAGCGCAGUUAAUGACAACUUGGCUUUGAACGGACCAAUCACAGGGAGGCAUUCUUGUAGGCCGCGAAAUAGACAUCCAUGUAAAACAAACUCAUUAUAUUUUUAAAAGCAUCGAUGUAAACCUCCUAUAUGGCAUCGCGCUAAACCUCCACCGCGACUUACCUGCUCUGUUCUCUUCCAUUCACUACAAUCUGUUUGUUUUACAUGGAUAUCGACAUGCACCGCGACCUACACCUCCACCUCCACCUCGACCCACUUGUUCUGUUCUUACCCUUAGGUGUCUACAAACCCAUUUUAAGUUGAAGCGUGUUUUUCCGAAAAAAAAACAGUGCUCAAACCAAACAUUGUUGAAAUUUGUGUUCAAGAAUUUCAUCUGUGCACUGUAUCUGCUUGAGUUUUCAAUGAGGAGGUGCGUUCUUACAAAAAAUGAGUAAUACAUAUAACCUCAGGACAAGCAGCCCAAAUUGUAGGUUUAAUUGGAGAUGAAGGAUCGCAGUAAUAUCUUACUGAUAUUAUAGGAAUCCACCAAUACAGCGUUUCAAGAGCUUUAAGAAGGUAUAGAGAAAGUGGAGGAUACACAAGAAGACCAGUUCCAGGACGUCCCAGGUGCACGAACCCCACAGAUGGACGUUAUUUGCAUCUGCAGACUUUGCGUACACAUCAUGUUGCAGCUAAACUAUUGCGAAAUGAUCCUUCCACAGCCCGUGGUAUUCAAAUAAGUGCCAAGUCGGUAAGAAACGGGUUAAGGGAAUUUGGAAUCAGAGCUAAAAUGCCUGCUACUGCUCCACGGUUAACUAGGGCACACCGUAUGGCCCGUUAACGUUUUCCACCAGAAUAUGUCGAUUGGGAUGUUAAUGACUGGGCUAAUAUUCUUUUUAUUAAUGAGUCAAAAUUUGCACUUUGUGGAUCCCACAGUACAAAGUGUCUGUAGCAUUCACAAAGUGCAAAUCUUGACUUAUCAGUAAAAAUAAUAUUAGUCCGGUCGCUAAUAUCCCAAUCGACAUGUUCUGGUGCAAAACUUAAACGUGACAUACGGUGUGCACUCGUUAACAGUGGAGCAGUAGCAGGCAUUCCGACUCUCAUUCCAAAUUUCCAAUUUCUUCAUUGAAAAAAAAAUCAAAGAUCUGUAAAGGAUUGAGUGGUCGUGAAUAAAAUAAAGAAGCGUAUGCGUUCCAUUGAGUUUUUUUAUUUUCAAUAUCCAAAUAAAGGGAAUUUUCAUCUAGUAAAUCUCCCUGAAUCCAUUUCCAUGGUAGGAGAUUUACACUUUUUGCAUGAAUCUCAGUAGAUGCCACUUGAAUAUCUUGAUUUUCUUCAUUUUGCGUCUCUAUUUCUGUUUCCAUCUCAAUCUCUUCCGUAUCUUCUUCUUCCUGAACUUGUGUCACUCUUUUAAGAUCGGCCUCUUUUUCAUAUAGAUUUAUAUUUUCUUCGUCGAUCCUUCUUUCUUCUUCUUGAUGAAUUACAGCUUCUGAUUCCGCAUCCAACAUAUUUUUGUUUAGGUUAUUGAAUGUUCCUCCACUCUCUUCAUCUCUACUGUCUUCAUCAGUCAAUUCAGUGGGGUCAGGAGGUGCUAGGAAAACAUCUGCACUGGAAGCCGACUCCACAAGAUUCGAUUCUUCCAGUGUGGACAUAAUUUUAUGUGUUCUUGAUUCGUAAAAAUUUUUUUUUAGGACGACUAUUGUUACUAGUACGACCGAAACUGGUCGAGCCAAGUUGAUUUGACAUCUUAUUUCCACCUUCUAGAACAAAAAUGAUUUUUGUACUAAUAAUAUGCCCUGUGCCCAGUGUCGCGAAAACGCAACACCGAUAAUUGGGCAGUUGUACCAACUAACACAGAUAAAAUAAUAGCACUUACUUGAUAGAUAUAUCUUCUUCAAUGAUUUAACAAUACGUUGCUAUCAAAAUCCAAAUUUUUAUUCAGUUAAUUUAUACAUAAACGACUUACUACUAACCAAAAACACGUGUUUACAGAAGUCAAAAUUAACCUACCACUUUCAACACGCCAUCUGUUAAUAGAAACCUAAAUUUUGCGACCAAUUCCCUUUAAAAUAUACAUAGGAAACUGUUGUGAAAUAAAUCUUAACCUUGACCGCCUGAAUAAGUCAGGUCAUUUUCCAAAAGAUGACGCCAUAUUGGGCUAUGUCAACUGUUGCGAAAACGCAACGCUGGGCAUGAAUGGGUUAACUACGCCAGGUAAAUAAGGCAAAAAUCGUUGUCGGAAAGUUGGUCGAGAACACUUCGUCGACGGAAAAUUAGUCGACAACAUUUGGUCAACAAACGGUUGGUCGAAUGCACAAUUCAUCGAAUGUACAAUUCGUCGACGAACAUUUGAUCGAAUGGAUUUUUCGUCGACAAAGACCCAAAGGGAAUAAUGGUGACAAAUUAAGGAUUAUUGAUUUUUUUUUUUUCAAAAUUUUGUUUUAAUUUUCUGCUGUAAUCUAAAAUGUUGAUAAGUAUCAAUUGUCCGGAAAUGCUCCGUGCGCUGACACUAAAAAGAGGAACGGUACAACAUCACUAAUUAAAAUAUCGGAUUAUAUUUGCUGUCUACUCUCCCACCGCAGUCAAUUUUUUCAUUAAAUUUAAAAAUAAUUAAGAUUUAGAAAAGAAAUUAACAAAACAUUAAAAAAUAAAUAAAUUGAGAUAUGUAUAAUAUAUAAUAUUCCAGUUAACAAAAUAAAAUCCGCCGUUUGUCACCAUUAAUCCCUUUAUCCUAAAGAUAAAUAACAGUUUGUCGACGAAAAAUCCAUUCGAUAAAAUGUUCGUCGACGAAUUGUAUAUUCGAUGAAUUGUGCAUUCGACCAAAUGUUGUCGACUAAUUUUCCGUCGACGAAGUGUUCUCGACCAACUUUCCUAGACCCGGCAAAGGGAAUAUACCAUGUUCGGGACACUUGAGCAGCCAGGUUGCAAAUGGGGUUUUGGGGUACUAUAUAUCUAAUACAUUAUAAAUACAAAAAUGCCCGUCACAGU